CAAAUUGUAGCCCUGGCCAUUGCUUUUGGAUUAAUUCAUUUUGGUAUGUGAGGACUAGAGAAAUAAGAGGCUAACCAACAAAAUUGGUAUUUAAACUGUUCUUGAGUUUGAAAUGCAAUUGCCCAAACAAUUGUGAGAUUCCAGGAAUCAGACUUAGAGUAAAUUAAGCCAAUACGUUCAGGUUCAGGCAUGGGAGAGACAGCAGAUCACGAGGAGAAGAAUGGCGGUGCAACCAAAGUCGAAAAGAAGGAAAAGCACGAGAAGAAGGAGAAGCUUGCAGACGUGGGUGAGAAAGAAGGAGGGAAAGGGGAAGAGAAAGGAAAGGACAAGAAGAAGAAAGAUAAAGAGUGUAAGGAUAAGGAAGGUGGUGAAAAGGAGGAGAAGAAGAAGAAGAAUCCUGAAGAUAAGACGGAUCCUGCGAAGCUGAAGCAGAAGCUGGAAAAGAUGGAUGCCAAGAUGCAGGCCAUGGCGGUGAAGAGAGACGAGAUUUUGAAAAUGAUUAGCGAAGCUGAGAAGAAUGCGGCGAAUCCAAGUGGAGCAGCCCCUUGAGGAUAGCCUUCGGAAUAAGUGCAGAAGAUUACAGUAGCAUUGUGCAAUCAAAUAGCAAUGAGGAUGAAAACAAACAAUGUCUAGUCUCUAGUGUAAAUGUAUGAACUUUUCUGAAUGCUUCAUGUUAAUUAGCACAUCAGAUUUCAUGGAAGGGAAGAGUUUUUAACAAGCUUGACCAACAUUUUCGACAGAUGAAUUCCCUGUUCAUGAACGAUGGUACGUGUUUCUCCAAAUCAGAUUGUAGGAAUUUCUUGCUGCUCAAUGCGAAUUCUUUUGAGGUCCUCCGUGUGUCCAUUUUCUGUAU